AUGGAGACCAUAGAAAUCCCAAGUCUGGAUUUUGGUUCGUCUGCUCCUUCUUCUUCUUCGUCUUUGUCAUCGUCAUCACUAGUAUCACCACCCAGCAACAAUAUCACAUGUAUCGAUCGUGAGCUUUACAAGGCUGCAGUUGAAGGAAAUUUCAAGGAAUUCAUCAAUGUCCAAAGCAUUGAGUCUAUCCUCACACCAAACAAAAACACGGUCCUUCACGUGCACUUAACAUCCACAGAAACAACUCCAAGUCUACUUCCACUACCAUUCCUCCUAAAGAUUCAAAUUAAAUUUCAAAAUCUAAUCAGAUACAAAAGUAUCAAACAAGAACCCGUUUCAGAACGUUUCGUACAACAGAUUUUAGACAAGUGUGAAGGUCUACUUCUGCUUCCCAACAUCAAAGGAGAAACGCCCCUUCACUUGGCUGCUAGGUACGGACACUUGGCUAUAGUAAAUUUACUAAUAGAGCGUGCCAAAGGUUUGUUGCUUGAAAUUGAAAGUGGAAUUGGUGCAGAGAAAAGGCUUUUAAGAGCUGAAACCCAAGAGAAUGAUGCUGCGUUACACGAGGCAAUACGCCAUUGUCACUAUGAAAUAGUAGAAAUCUUGCUACGUGAGGAACCUGAACUUUCAAAUAUUGCUAAUAAAGCCAAAGAGACUCCACUUUUCUUGUCUUCAGAGAGGGGAUAUACGAAAAUCGUGUCCAAGAUAUUGGAGCGAGUGGAAUCACCUGCAUAUGAAGGACCCAAUGGACGAACGGCACUGCAUGCUGCGGUGAUUAACGGUGAUCUAGGUUUAAUCCACGCGCACUCCCUCCCUUUAAAUGGAGCGUCAAUUUCAUGCGCGUCACUCGAACGAUUACGCUUCAAAAAAACCGCUCGUUAUGGCUCACUCUUCCUCUUCUCCUUCAAAGAUAACACAAAUCCUCAAGUUUCGAGCAACAUUCCAAACUGAAGAGACAUUUGAACUCGUCGCGAAUAAUAGCAGAAACCAUCAACAAAAUAUUAUUCAAGGUACGUUAUUGUUUUACUCAUCUUGUACA